GCUCCGUUUUGGUAUUUGUGGGUCGGGUGGCACUGGUAGUCGCAAAAUGAGCGAGGCGGACGGACUACGGCAGCGCCGUCCCCUGCGGCCGCAUGUCGUCACUGAUGACGGGCAGAUCCCGGGGACCAAGGACGGCAGACUGAAGAGUAAAGGAAGCAGUGUGGAGGAACAGAUGGGGAUGCCAUAAAUUCAUAAAGUCAUGAGGAUUUAGGAAUCUGGAAUUUUCUUCUCAGCCCUUUCCCUGCCCUGUUCCUUUAGUGGCAGAGUUUUCCGAGUGACCUUUUUGAUAUUGGCUGUUUCCCUCACCAUUCCACUUCUUGGAGCCAUGGUGCUGCUGGAUUCUCCCAUAGAUCCACAGCCUCUCAGCUUCAAAGAACCCCCUCGCUUGCUUGGUGUUCUGCAACCAAAUACGAAGUUACGACAGGUGGAAAGGCUAUUUGAAAAUCAACUUAUUGGGCCAGAGUCCAUAGCAAAUAUUGGGGAUGUGAUGUUUUCUGGUACAGCAGAUGGCCGGGUUAUAAAAUUUGAAAAUGGUGAAGUAGAUACCAUCGCCCAGUUUGGGUCAGGUCCAUGCAAAACCCUCGAUGAUGAACCUACUUGUGGGAGACCCUUGGGCAUCCGGGCGGGGCCCAAUGGGACCCUCUUUGUGGCCGAUGCGUAUAAGGGACUAUUUGAAGUAAAUCCCUGGAAACGUGAAGUGACAUUGUUGCUGUCCUCUGACACACCCAUUGAGGGGCGGAAAAUGUCCUUUGUGAACGAUCUUACAAUAACUCGGGAUGGGAGGAAAAUUUAUUUUACGGAUUCCAGCAGCAAGUGGCAAAGACGAGAUUAUCUGCUUCUGGUUAUGGAAGGAACAGAUGAUGGGCGCCUGCUAGAGUAUGAUACAGAGACCAAGGAAGUAAAGGUUUUACUGGACCACUUGCGGUUCCCUAAUGGAGUGCAGCUUUCUCCUGCAGAGGACUUCAUCCUGGUGGCAGAGACAACCAUGGCAAGGAUAAGAAGAUUCUACGUGUCUGGCCUGAUGAAGGGCGGGGCCGACCUGUUCGUAGAGAACCUGCCUGGAUUUCCAGAUAACAUCCGGCCCAGCAGUUCCGGAGGGUACUGGGUCUGCAUGGCAACCAUUCGCCCUACCCCUGGGUUUUCAGUGUUGGAUUUCUUAUCCGAGAGACCUAGUAUUAAAAGAAUGAUUUUUAAGCUCUUUAGUCAGGAGAUGGUGAUGAAGUUUCUGCCAUGGUAUAGCCUCGUCCUAGAACUCAGCGACAGUGGGGCCUUUUGGAGAAGCCUACACGAUCCUGACGGACAAGCGGCCAUCUACGUCAGCGAAGUGCAUGAACAUGACGGGCACCUAUACCUGGGCUCCUUCAAGGCCCCAUUCCUUGGCAGACUCAGCCUUCAGUCUGUCUAGCUGCCCUGAUUGCAGCCCUGGUCAUGGCUGUGCCAGGAGUCACCACACUGGGCACCACACCUGGUUCAGGAUACCAUGGCCACAGCCCUUUUCACCUGUAGUACUGCUCCUUGGAAGUGUGGUGUGACCCUGCAGAUGUAUGGGCCCCUGUAGGACAGCCCUCACCUGGGUUUGACUUCUCAUGCAGAGAGAAGCAUAACAUUUGCCAUUGGAAGAUAAGUUCAUGUAAAGCUAUUUUCUCUAAAAAUCCUAAGUAUAGUAAAUUUUCUGGGACUUAGGGGAUAUCAUGUACUUUCAGCAGGCCUUAGGCUUUGGUGGAUAGAGCAGUAGAUGAGUUGUCUCUGGAUCUUGUUUUAGCUACUGGCUCUGUCCUGCCAACCUCAAUGUCUUUAUUAUAAAACAGGGUAAUGCUUGUCUUACAGGGGGGAGUACAGGAAGGGCAAGGAUUGCUCAGUGCAAAAGUGCAUGGAGGCCAAUGGGUGGAGCUAUGCCAACACUGAUGUUAGCUCUGCAUUCUCCAGAGUUGUGUGGGACAUGGGCCCUUGUUCCCUGGGGUUUCCCUUCCAUUGUUCCCACCCUCUGGCCUACUCUGUCUCAUAACAGGGUUUUUGUUAAAACUCCUGAGUCCCAUCAAUCAUAUAAAGGUAAGGAAGGACCUGAGUAAGUACAUAGGAAAAACAUGUUGAUUUCAACAGCUGUAACAGGACUUGCUGGGUUUUUCUCUGAACAACCUACCACCCAAAUUGAAUGACCCAGCAGCUGGGUGAAUUGAGGGGAGUCCUGUUUACACACCUUGUUCCUCACCUCUAGACCCACAGAUGUGAAUAGUCCAUGUGUUAAUGUCAUAUUGACUUGACUGUCACAAGCCUGAAAGUUGCUGUAUGUCUACACUCUAGCCGUAAUUUUGUUAGGGAGACCCAUGAAAUGAUGAUAAUUAAACUUUUAUGUGGAUUAGUCUUUUUUGAUGGUAUUGCCAAGGAGUUUCUUCUCUACUUCAAAUAUAAUUAUUUUAACAGUGACAGAAA